AUGGCUACUCAUCAAGAACUCCCCGUUUUUGAUCACUUGGCGCUUGACUUCAAUAAAGGCGGCCCUCGCCGUGCCUUCAUGGAGGGAUAUUUCCAGGGCCUUGGUCUGUGGAACGCAGACCGGGUCAAGGAGAUCCGUGAGCUGUGCAUGGAGGAUGUCUGUACCAGACUGGCAGCUAAGUCUGUUAAGCGAGUUGGGCAGGCCUAUUUCGAGUACUACGUGGAUAAAAAGGUCUGGUACAAUAUCCUGGGUCAUGCCAAUAUCCCUUUUGAGGAUCAUCCUUGGCCCUCAUCAAGGAGCGAAAUGCCCUCCCUGGCGGACCUUUCUGAGGGUGCCUCUUGGUACUACCAAGAUUGGCGACUUAGAAAAUGGUCUCGUCCAGAGUCACAGGGAGAGUCCUCGAAGGCGCCCAAGUCCGAAGCUUCUGCCAAGGACAGGGUUACGCCUGGACCCCAAACUCAACCUGCUGUGGCAGCAGAGACUUCUCAGAAGUCUCCUGCCGUAGCCAAGGAUACCGUGGUCAGGUGUGACCCGUCGAUUCCUUUUGCCUCACAGGCUAGGUGGCGUGCUGCGGCUGCAGAGACUGCCCGCCAGUCCUCUGUUGCUUCGGCAGCUCCGAAACCCGUCCUCGGACAGCAAGCUGAACGCCCACUCGGUGGGCAACAGGCCUAUGGGAUAGGCUCAUCAAUCUGGGCCCGCAACCCCCCCGCUGAGCCCAAACCCCCCGCUGAGCUCAACCCCCCGGCUGAGCCCAAACCCACCGCUGACUAUUCAGCUGACGUCUCCAAGGUCACUUCUUCAAUUGCGGAAAUUUUCUUGGAUGUCGCCGCUGGAAAAUCGGCUAAGAAGGAGAAGGAGAAGGAGCACGUUGCCGCUGAUGCUGAGGAGGCUAAUGCGAAGGCCAAGCGCCUCUAUCAGAAGCAGCAGGAUGCCCACGCCGUAUUGGAAGAGGAGCUGAACGAUAUAGCCAAUAAAAGGUUUGAUAUCAGGAGCCAGAAGAUCGCCGAGGCCAAGGCCAAGGCUGUGGCUGAUGGUUGCCCGGAAGAUGACUGGCAGCAUUUCGAAGAGUUUGAUGAUCGUAAGGCCAUCAACCCUAUGAAUGAGCCUAUUCCGGUCAGGCAUGACUUUGGCGUCAACGAAGUCAAUUGGACAGGCCCUAUGGCGCCUAACCCUGAGUACCUGGAAGAUAUCUGGGAUGACCUCCACCUCAGGAAGUACCGGGUUGGACCAAUCUGCGGUCCUUUCGAAAUUGCCCUGCCGAAGUGGAUGGACUUCCACGACCUGGUCCUUGGAAACGAUGGGUCUCUUUUCGACAUGAUCGAAGACGAGGGCCUCAUUGACACAGAUGUCAUGAUCACUUGGUCGGUGGGCAAUCAUGGCCCAAUCAGCCUGAUUGUCGGUCCGAAGCCAACGCGGAAAUUCGACAGCCAGGACAAGAAUCAAUGGUUGCGCGUGCGAAACACAUGGAUGAAGGUUGGCGAAUGGGUUGCUGGUGUCUACAAGGGACACCCCCAUCGGCUGACGGACUUCUUGCGUUACCGCCAACAGCAGGAGAUUAUGGGAGUCUCCUUCAUGUCCCUUGAUGAUGUCGUCUCCCUUCUCGUAAGGUUAUGGGACAAGAUCUCGGAGGAUGAGGAGAAGGCCGCUCUCGAGGCGCAGAUAACCAGAGAAGACUUGGAUCUGUGGAUUCCUCAGAUUCAUGCCAUCUUGGGCCAGGAAUAUGAAUACGCCUCGCAGAUUGCCAAGGCCUGGGUGUUCCGAGAUGGAAGCAACGAAAUCCAACGUUUGCGCGCCAUCGAGUACGCUUGGGCUUUGUUUGAGCCAGUUCAAGCUUAUGAGUGGGCUUGCAAGGUCCAGGAUGAGGUUUUCGGCCGCACCAACUAG